AUGGAGCACGCAGCCACCACAGGCCCCAGGCCUGGACCUCCCUCUCGGCGGGUGGAGAAUGUGAGUUCUCUGGGACUCGCCGCUCCUGCCAUGGGGUUGAAGUCUGCCCGUUCCCCCAAAGGCCAGGAGGGUGCAGGUUCCUUCACCCUGGGUCUAAUUUCAGCCAGGAGAGGGACUUUUGCAGCUCAGCCAGGCAGGGAGGCGGGACUGGUGAGUGCAUGGGAGUGGGGCCACAGCCCAGCCUGGGACCCACCUGGGGAAUGGGUGGCGGUACCUCCCCAGGUUGUGCUACGAGCCAAGGACUGGCUGCCAGGAGCUCCUGGGGGCACCGCAGUGUGGGCCACCAGCUUGGAAGCAGAGGUCCCACCAGAUCUAGCGCUCAAUAAGGAGCAGCAGCUGCAGAUCUCCAAGGAGCUGGUCGACAUUCAGAUCACAACCCACCAUCUACAGGAGCAGCACGAGGCUGAAAUCUUCCAGCUGAAGAGUGAGGUGAGCAGCCGUGUGAACCAGCCUCAGUGCACGGGGGACAGGGGGUGCAGGCCCAGGACACGUGCCCUGCAUGGGCAUGCACACGCACGUGGCAUCUGUGGGUCUCGGCCUGCCUCUGAGUGCUGCAUGCCCCUGAGCGUGCACCGGGUGAAUGUUCACCUACCCCAGGUGGCCCGCGGGCAGGUGCACCUGCUCAUGCCAGUUGUCCCACAGAUCCUUCAGCUGGAGAGCCGGGUACUGGAGCUGGAGCUGCGAGGAGAUGGCGCCAGCCAGGGCUGUGCAGUCCCAGUGGAGUCUGACCCCAGGCACCCCCGGGCACCAGCCCAAGAGCUCAGACACAAAGCCCAGGUGCCUGGACACUCUGAUGACCGCAGAUUCCAGGUGCAGCCCAAGAACGCCAUGAACCCCGAGAAUGAGCAGCACAGGCUGGGGAGCAGCGUGAGUGUGCAGCCACCUAGCUCAGGGGAGAGGGCAGCACCAGAGACCCCAAGCCUAGGGUCUCAUCCAGCCAGCCUUGUGUGCCCCACAGCUGCAGGGGGAAGUGAAGCGGGCGCUGGAGCGUCAGGAGGCCCGGCAGCAGGCACUGGAGAUGCGUGUGUGCUGUGCAGCUGCCAAGGCCAGCUCCGUCAGGCAGAGGCCGAGAACGCCCGGCUACAGCUGCAGCUCAAGAAACUGAAGGAUGAGUACGUCCUGCGGCUGCAGCACUGCGCCCGGGAGGCAGUGGAGCACGCAGAUGGUGCAGGCCAAACACCAGCCACCAUGGCCCUCCGGACAUUCCUGGAGGCGACUCUGGAGGACAUCCGGGCAGCGCACCGCAGCCGUGAGCAGCAGCUGGCCCGGGCUGCCCGCAGCUACCACAAGAGGCUGGUGGAUCUGAGCCGCAGGCAUGAGGAGCUACUGGUUGCCUACAGGGCACCUGGGAACCCCCAAGCUAUUUUUGACAUAGCCAGCUUGGACCUGGAACCAUUGCCCGUGCCCCUGGUCACUGACUUCAGCCAUCGGGAGGACCAGCACGGCGGGCCUGGGGCACUGCUCUCAUCCCCAAAGAAGGGACCCGGUGGAGCCUCCCAGGGGGGAACGUCAGAGCCACAGGGCCUGGACGCUGCAUCCUGGGCCCAGAUCCACCAGAAGCUCCGGGACUUCUCCCGCAGCACCCAGAGCUGGAACGGGAGCGGGCACAGCUGCUGGUCCGGGCCACGAUGGCUGAAGAGCAACUUUCUGAGCUACAGGAGUACGUGGACCAGCACCUGGGCAGGUGGGCAGAGGGAGCUGGGUGUGACCCCAGGGCCCUGGUCUGGCCGGAAUGAAGGAUGAUGGCUGCCUCAGGCGCUAGAGGCAGACCUGUGCACAGCUGGGCAGGUCACUUAAGCAUGGUUCCUCUGAGCAGGUACAAGCACGAAAUCCUGAGGCUGAGGAAGCUGGCAGGUGCAGGGGACCCCUGGAAAGUGGGGGCUGUGCCUCCAGCCAAGCCCCAGCAUCCAAGGACCGGCAGCCACUAGGCC